AUGAAUUACUUUGGAACAAUGGAUUACGCACAUGACCUUUGUUCAGUGGUUACUGGACCUGGUCGAUAUGGAAGCUCAGUUGACCCAAGUACUGUAUUCAUUGCGAUACCGAGUGUACUUUUCUCAGUAUACUGUCCAGCAAAUACCUUUUCUCAAACGAGUCUCGGGCUAUAUCUUACCGGAAAAGAACUUGAUAUUCAGCAAUUGAGAUACCUUGUUUGGAAAGAAGAUCUACCGGGACCACGUAUCGUUCAUCUAGGACGUCGAUUACUCCAACUACAAAAUGGGAAAUCAGGUUUUAGAGACGAAGCACCUAGUACCAUUCACAUGGCAUAUGUAUUUUACGAAGCAUAUAUGGUGGUAUUGGAAGAGUACAAGCAGGUCUUUGAUGGGAGUGUUGGAUUUAUUUCUCAGAUAUGGUUUGAUUUCGAUAUCGAUACUCUUCAUCUCGAUGGUGGUCCGACUACGAAACAUUCACAAGUAGAGAUGAAUAGUGUGAGCUGGUCUUCUGAUUUUCAGAAAGUCAAAUGUCUUGCUGUAUUCAGUUAUUCAGUAGAAACACAUGGAUUCCCUCAUCAUAUCAGGAAUUUCUCCAUGCGUGACUUCGCGUCUAGAGAUUGGUUGUACUAA